AUGAAGAAGCAGUUCAACCGGAUGAAACAGCUCGCCAAUCAAACAGUUGGCAGGCAAGUAUUGGAGUUAGCCAUUUUUACUCAUUUACAGCAAACUUUAAGUAUUUAGCUCUCUCUGACUUAACUUUGAAGGUUUGUAGACACGUUUUUUUCGACUUUAACAGCUCCUAAUACUUCAUUAACUUUUGUCCCCAGCAGCUUUGACAAUGAAAUGUGAAAAAAGACAACAUAACCUAAUUAUAACAACAAAUCUAAUCAGUUGCCUUUGUUGACAAGAUUAGUCUCAAAUGGGUGAUUCAUUUGCUCUCAAUGUCUGACAACCAGGAUUAAGGGCAUACUACUCUUAGCAAUAACUGGUUGGAUGGGAUUCAGUGCUCUCAUUUAGUCUCUGUGUUUUCACACUGCUGUCUGAACCCAACAGAUACCCCCCCUAAAGCCUGAAUCAGCCAUCCACAGUGUUAGCACUAUUUAUCUGGGAUAUAAACAGUGAGGAGCACAAUGAUGAUGCACUUUUCUCUUUCACUUUUUGAAAGUUUCUUUAAUGGGAGUGGGGCAAAAUAUUGUUAGAGCAAUACACAGUUGUCUUGAUCCGGGCAGUACAGUAGACCAGUAUUGAUAUAUUAUUUUAAUCAUGAUUAUUCCAAACAUCUUUUACUCUUUGUGUCACAAUUUAAUGACCCAUCAUAGAGCUAAUGACACCUAUCUGCAUCUUACCUUUUAUUGUAGCCUAUAUUGGUUUUGGUUGUAAGGUAUCAUAUCACGUCGUAUCACUUCGUAGAGAUAUCAUACCAUAUGAUGUCUUAGAUUGUAAGUAGGGAUGCUUUUAGGAUAUUCGGAGAUACCCAAUGUGCUGGUAUUUUCAAACUCAUUUUGUGCACACAAAUCUUUUAUCAAACUAAACAACGUAAAGUCUCUUGUGCGUUGAAUUUUUCUUGGUACUCGUAUUGUAGACAUAAACAGAGCAGGAUCAUAAGUGGAUAAAAGUACAGAAAUGUCUAGCAAAAGUAGAGGCAUUUGGCAAGCAAUGGAGCGCACCUUACAUAUUUUUGAAGGCAGUAUGGAUAUAAGAGAUUUUCCCACACUUUCAACACAUGCCUGAAAGCCUUUUGCAGGAGCCCUCUUAUAUAUGCAGCUGCAGAAGGGUACAAAAGAUUCAGGAGCAUCUGCUGUAGGGCAGUUCAGUUUGAUGAAAGAUGUGCAAACAUGUCAGGGUUUAUGGCAUUCUCAUGAUCUACAGCAAAUACUAAUUUUCCAAAUGGGGACAUGAAGAUGUCAGAAAUAUUAUCAGGCUUAAGAUCUUAAUGCUUAUAUAAACUCAUAACAAAAAAAAGAAAGAAACACCAUUACAUCAAUUUUUAUAGCCCUUAAUCACAACAGCACUUAUAAUGGUGUACAUAAUGUACAGAGGAGUGAGACAGUUCUCUAGAUAAUAAUCUUGAUUUUUAAAUGACAUAAUGAGAACAUUUACAGGUGUGUAUCCAACGGGGGAUUAGGCCAUCACUGGGGAGUAUGUGUCUGGUCUUUCUUGCCCUCUGCAGCUGAAUACAGACAUCAAGAUAGAAAAAGACAACACAAUAGGACGUCCCUGCAAUGAAUGACCUGUUACUUUUCAUCUAACAUCAUGGUUCACUCUUUUGCUAAUAAUUUGACAGUGAAAACCUUCCAAAUCUUUAGAACAAUAUUCCUAGCUUCAACCAGGGUAUUACACAUUUAACAUAUAAAAUAGAUGAAUGUGAGUAGUGAUGGAUAAAUACCCUUUCUCUCCUUGCUAAUUUUUUAUAUUUAAAACAGGCUGAAAGGUUUGCCCCUUGAAGUAAGUGAUUCUCCCUCAGGAAAAGUGUCUGGACAAUGAAAACGUAUUAAUUAGUGCCACUCUGCUGCAGUGGGAUGACACACAGGUCCUUGAGUAACCAAAUAUCUCAAGUAACCAUGGCUGAAGCCGCCUUUGUGUGCACAGGAGGGUGAGAUGUUGAGAUGUGUCAAAGAAUAUUUUCAUGGUGGGAAGCUAGCUCUUAUGAUGUGUGGCAGUUGGUUUGUUUACUUUGUAAUUGUAAGCUUUGUGUCGAUGGUAGUCGACAAUGUUUGACACUUCAGGCUGUGUGCGGUUGUACCCAGUUCAGGGUGGUGCCAGAUAAGGUUUCUGACAGGCUGAAAACAAUGGUAUAUCAUCUUUUAAUGGGUAAAGGCAGCAUUUCCCAAAAAAACAAAAUAUUGACAACGUGCAAAAGAUAAGCAUAUUGUAAUACUGUGAUUUCACAUUAGUGGCCCUUUAUGCUGGUUGCCACGCGUUAUUAAACAGAGGAUAGACAAAGAAGAUGAAGCAGGCUGCUAGCGAGCUAGCUGGAGCAGCCUCUUGAGAGAUGAUCUGGCACUUUUAAAGCAGAGGUAUAAGAUUUUAUGUAAAUCCAAUAACAAUAUCAGAACUUGUGCCUUCCGGGUCACAAAUCAACUGAACAUUUAUCUUUUCUGAUGGUUCUUAUGACUGUUUUUAUUCAGUCCUGUCACGUUUGAUCUUCCAAAGCUAGAAUACAGGGAAUGAAGCAACUGAAACCAUAGAAAUAGGAUCAGACUAAAAGCAUGAUGAGCAUCCUGUAAUGAGGCAGUGUUGUCUACAAAGAGGUUUUGGUAAUAGAUUUAGAAACAGAUGAUGUAAUGAUGCAUGUAAAAUAACUUUAUUUAUUAGUUAGGUGAAAUGCCCAGAUCUAUUUUUACCCCAUGGCAACCAAUAUCUUGACAGCCCUUGUCAAAAUCAAAUUUCUUGAAUUGUUAUAUCCAAAAUAUUUGUUUCUUUUAAAUUUGAUGCCAGUGACACAAAAACUCGGACACGGUCUACAAAACUGUGAAAAUGUUGUGCAGUUCUUUAAAAUGGAAUAACUCAUGAGGUCAUUUGAAAAAGACGAGAUCUGAAAAUGGGGGAAUCCAGAGAAGAUGAAUCUUUCACGAGUUAAGGUAGGGAGAGAUUCACCACUCUGUGAGAGACUGCGAGAGCAGAACAUUUUCAGAGAGAUGUUCAACAGCGUAAAACUUAAAAAAUUUGGGGUUUCAUCACCCACAGUAUCAUAGUUUUGUGAAGUGGGAGAAAUGUGUGCACAAAAGAGAUGAGACCAACAACCAAUACUGGGUUGCUUUGAUCUUUGGGCCCUCAGGCAGCACUGUACUAAAAAUGGACAUGACUUAGUAGUGAAAGUCACUGCAUGAGCUCAAAAUCGCUCCCAAAAACCAUCACUUGUGAUCACAGUUUGUCACUGCUUCUGCUGAUUAAAAAUUUUAGUAUUGUUCUCCAUCAGAGAAAAACUCAGACUUUAAUAUCUUCAAUAAGUCCUUUAUAUCUGGUAUGAUGAACUCCAGUACAGCACAGACACUCACUACCACUGUCAUAACAAAUAUAAAGCACAAAUAUGACCAUUCUUUAUAUAUUUAAUGAGUACAUGUUCAUUUGACUAAAAUAGUUUUAGAAUAACUGAAAAUGAAACUUAAAUAUUCAGGCAAAGAGACAAAAAUCAGGAUAUUUGAAUAGACAGACAGGAAAACAAUGUUUGAUAGAGAGGUGGUAAAUACAGUCACUUCUAACCGAACAGUCUAUCUAGUGUUUAUUUGAUGGUAACACUAUCAGCCCAGUCUGAGGGGAGAAUCUGCCGAACAGUGUUCCUGCAAAACUCAGGGCCAGCAGAAACAGGCCAGCUGGGAUACUCAUACUUUCCUCAGCAGCAGUAAAUUAGAAGUGGAGCGAGUAUAAUGUAGAAAACAGACAUUUGCAUGUGCUCCCAGAGUGGUCACUUACUCUUUUGUGUACACAUGUACUGUUAAACUCAAAUGCAUUGAUUCAUACGCAUGCCCCUCUGAAUGAGUGAUCGGUCAGCAUCAGGAUAACCGCUCUCAGUUCUUGCAGCUAACGCCUGCUCGUGCGCCUGCGUCUGCAAAAAUUUGCGCGUGCAAAAGGCCCUCUCCGCUGCCCCCUGGGUUCCUGUGAUUGUGCAAGGGCAGAACACUGUGUCCAGCAAGCAGCCGCUCUGAGGAAAUCUCUCCUUCUUCUCCUACAAACAGGAAACUGCCUCCCAGAGACACACUGGUGCUUUCUAGAAAGCAGGAGAAAGAAAACUAGGAAGAUUGAUGUAGUGAGAGAGAGAGAGAGUAAAAAACAUGAUGUGAUUCAUGCCAGGGAGACAUAGGUUGUAGCUGUUUAUAGAGGAUAUUUUCAGUGUCUUAUCUUUGAACUCUGUGACCCUAAGCAUGAGUGUUUGCCUCAGGUUGAUGUGGUCACUUACAUCUUUGAAGAAGAUAACAUUUGAACAGAGAGUCAUUACCUCCAAUCUGCAAAAAGAUAAACCAGACACAAGAUGACAUCAACAUUUUGCACUCUGCUGAAAGUGUUGAUAAAUUUGUGUUUUCUCUGCUGUGCUUGAGAUAAUGACAUCAACUCUGACUGUGCAAAAAUCAGUCUAAGAUAAAGCUGUCAGUGGCUGGGGGAGGAGAAGCAUAAGUUUUGGGUCCAAUGGAGUGCUUCAGUUAAAGGAAUAUUCUGGCGUAAAUUUAAGUUAGGGUCAAACACACUGUAACACAGAGUUAGACACCCCCUCGAGUGAUGAAUGUUGCCGAUUGCUUGCUUCUUUUGUUAUACCAACUUUAGCAACGACUGCACGAUAGCAAUACACAGCAGUCUACGCCUCCACGUACAAACCUCAACCAAAACGCCACUCUAUAGCCACAAAUAAUGCCCAGAACAGAACCUAACUUCAUCAAUGGUACAUAUAGGGUCCCAGCCAUAGUACUAGCCAUCAAACACCUUUUUAGCUUUGCCUGAUUUCUUCAGCAAAGAGACCAAACACAACUCAACUGCUCUCUUCCAGCAGCCACUUGUUUGUGGGGGAGCCCUGACGAGUUGAUCACCAACUGCAACAUCAUUUCCACGUGGUAGUUCUUCUGCCCUAGCGUCUCAGUCUGAUUGCAUUUCCAUGAAGUAAUGAUCAUAAACGUUCUUCCUUGAGCUGUGAAACUCCGCUGCACUCGGUGAUUGACUCGUCAGGGCUCCCCCACAAACAAGCUGUGUAUCCCUAUUGUGCGGUUGUUGCUGAAGUUUGUAUAAGAAGCAAGCAGCUGGCAACAUUCAUCUCUCGAGGGGGUGUCUAGCUGGAAUAUGCCUUUAAGAACAAGGGGAGCAGGGGUUGCGGGGGGGUCUUUCAAAGUUUAGCGGUACAGGGAAACAAUGGAGAAUACCUUACUGUAAAGAUUAAACUUGAUGCCCUUGAUUUCUGCAGAAGUCACUUUACUGGUAAUGGAACUCCCCUCUGCAGAAACAAGCUCACAUGUGCAAUCUUUGACUUAAUAUAGUAUUGCAUCACUUACAUGAGCAAGUCAAUACCAGAUCAGUACAGUUACAGCCUGUUAGCUUAGUUUAGCAGCAGAACUGGAAACCAGGGCAAGAUAGCCUUGGGCUGCCCAGCUGUAGCAGAACUGGCAAAGAACAGAUGAGUCUAAGGGGGAGCAAUUACUCCAAGAGUUGCAUGCUGAAGUAUAUUUUUAUAGUUAUAAUGUCAAACAGAUCAGAGACUAGCUGAAACACAAUAAAUAAAAUGAUGCAACUUAAUGUAUUACUACUCAGCUUUCAAAAUAUUCCCUUAUCAGAUUGGCCCUGGAUGGAUGGGUCAUGCAUGCAUAAACAUUUGCACACUUAUCAGAUAAAGCAACAGCUAUUUGUGAGCUUGGGUUGUAUGAUUAUGACCCAAAUGAUAAUCAAGUUUAUCUUAAGCAGGGUUGAGAUAAUGAAUCAGAAUUUGUUUAUGUUUUACAUUCAGUACAGUGUGCAAAUUUUGCUCCAAACUACAACUUAAAAUGAGGUCCUUGAUCUGAGUUUGGUGCAUCUUUUUAGGAGAGAAAUAUAAAUAAAACAGUGCUGAAAACAUUGUACCCAAAACAGAAUCGACAGCGCUCUGUUUCACUUUAAUUCAGUGAGAGUAUUUCAGUCUGUCUUUGAGAGCUGGGAGAAGGGACAUUUUUUGUCUAAAGCGACAUACACCUUGCACGCCAUCAUCUUAUGCUUGACAUCAUUUACCCUAAAUGCCAAGUGCCUCCAAACAAUUAAACAAUGAGCCGCUAUGAGUUCCUUAUCUUUCUUGUCAGACUUGACUUUGUUUUUCCCAUGACUGGUCACUAUUGUUUACACUUUCACUCCAAACUGGUCCUGCAAGGUAGGACAUGCAAGCUCCCCCAAAAAGUGAACCCAAAACUUCUCUUUCACCACUGUGGGAGUAGCUUUGACUUUGGUUUCAUUUGAUAUGCAACAGAAUUUGUUCCAAGAUUGUCAUUUGAUUGUUAUUUUAAAUUUGAGCCAUUCUGUGUUAAGGUUGUAUUUUUGCUAUUUGGUUUGUUAUUUCGAGUUCAGGCGAAGCAUUGUUGGAAGAGAGUCAUACUGUAAAACAAGCUGGGCAUCAGAAAGUAGGGCUGGGUGAUAAAACGAAAAUGAUAUCUUAAAAAUUAAUUUCCCUCGAUAUCAAUAAGAAUCAUGGUCAAUAUCCUUUUCGAUAGUCGGCAUUCUGCCGUGUUUUGGUAGACUAUACAACAAGCCCAUGAAAGGGAGACUUGCUCCUGGGUGAUGCAGUGCUGAACCAAUCGUGCUGAAUCAGAACCAAGCAGCAAACAACUGCGUAGUAGCAGGCUGCAGCUACGUGUAACCAUAGCACUGAAACACGCAAAGAAAAUGAGUGCUACCCCCAGCAGAAAUGCAGAUGAAGGCUCAACAGAUGAUAUUAUUGACAACACCGGCAUGAACACGUUGGUGGUGUGGAGGUAUUUUGUUUUUUUGAAGUUGGACAUGAAGCAGAGUAGUGUGCACUGCAAACUAUGCUGAGUACAUGUUAAAUCUCAUACAAGAGUAACAGGGAACAUUUAAGAUUGACAAGCGAGUUUUUUAUAUCGUGAUACAAAUCGAUAUCGACUGAUAUUAAAAAAAAAUUGUGAUACUUUUUCCCAUAUUGCCCAGCCCUAUCAGAAAGACAAUGUUAAAAUGUGCUAUAAUAAUCACUUUAGUUUUCUCUGGGUUGGUAUUGUAGUUGUUUUGUCACAGCAGUGUAACACAAAUCAAUGAAUCAAUUUCAUGCAUUAGAUCUGAACUCAUCCCUGACCACAAUGUUUUCAAAAAACAAGGCGAGUCCGUAAGAGAUCAACUCCCAGCAGUGUCUGAAUGUUUCCACUUUUCAUCAGAGCUGCUCUACCCCACCCUGUUAAUCAUUGACUGUAAAUAUAAACAUUACAUAAUCCUAGUGGAGGCCUUUCCUAUCAACAGCUAUCAUCUUACUGACCAGCAUCCUCCUGUUAUACCUAUUGUAUGUGACAGUCCUCGUUUCACUGGAGAAGGUGUCGUGUUGAAAAGACACUUCCCCCAAAGGGAUCAGCUGAAUGUCACAGUAGAAUUAAAAGGAGAGGUGACUGGGCGUCUCCCUAUGUCUCAGCAGGCCACUGCCUUGAGGACGAAGAGGUGUGUCACCUGGGAUCUUUUGUGAUGCUGCUAGUGGUGUACAACCCCUGAGGAAAUGUUGCUGUACCUUUUUAUUCUUUAAAAUCACAGUUUGCUUUGAGACAAAAACUGUGGCAUGACUUUGCAUGCCGAUUCUGAGAUCUGUAGUGUUUCAUGUAUUUUCAGCAGCAUUGCUGAUUGGAUAACACAUUUAAACAUCACUUAAUUCCACAUUUAUUUACAGUUUGACAUGAGGAUGUGAGUAUAGUUGGAAACAGAGCACACUCCUUUUUCAAAGUGUAUAGACUAAUCAUUUUAGCAGUGUAAAGGAAACUUAUAAAAGUCUGUGUGUGUGUUUUUGACGUGUCCUCUGCUCACUCCUGCUCAGGUCUAAUGUUAACACUCCAGCACAUAAUCAGCCUCAUAAGCAGCGUUGUCUGGGCUGAGUCACUCAAUUAUUCUGGAGCUCCUUUCAUCUGAGUCCAGUAUCCAUUACCUUCUGCCUUAAGCUGCCAACUGUUGCAGACCCUCCCCGCUCCUCAGCCCCGCUGAUUGUGUUGAGUGGCCACUAACAGCCGCUCUAUUGUGCUUACCCAUGCAGUAUUCACUUACUCCCCUUCCACUUUGAUUGUAAAUCGCCAUGGUUACCAUUCUGACCUAGCAGCCACUGCUGCGCGGCCAGGACCUCUUGUUGUUAAGGAGUCACAUGCGGCGCACAGUGACACACUUUCUCCAAAGAGCUGCAGCUUCAGUGAGGCGCGAUGGGGUCAGCUCUUUUUUGCACUGCAGGGUCAGCUGAUGCCGGCAAAACAAUUGUUGUUUUGUUUUGUUGUUGUUUGUCCUCCAACCGGGCCGCACACAGCCUAUUUUUACCCCAGUGACAGGGCUUUUUUAGAUUAGUUCACACAAUUGUUGCUAUAACAAGAGCUGAAGUGAAGCUCAUAUAUCUAAGUGUUCUUAUUGUGUGAUUACAGGAUCAUGUUUGGGAAUGUCUUGCAACUAAUGACACAAGGUUUUCUUGCUUAUAUUUCACAUCACUAUGCAGCACUUGGUUAACAAAAAAAACUUGAAAAGUUUGCUAAAUCUUAUCGUUAGGUUUUGCAUUUGUCCCUUCUGUAUUUUGCCACAAUCUUCUUUAGAAACUAAUACUCUGAAUAGUUCAGCUUGUUUUCUAACGUUAUGUGGAAACUUAAUUCACUUCCACAAACAUACAAACCCAAAUUCUACUGAAGAAGAGACCUUGUGCCUCAAAUCUUCAAUAGUCUCAGUGUCUUUAAAUUGUCUGGGGGUGUGUUUGUGCCCAUGGCUAACUGUCACAUCUGAGAAGGCUCCAUUAUUGCUGGAAGGUACAAACAGGUUUAGGAGCAACAUCUGCUGCCAUCCAAGCCACGUCUUUUUCAGGGACGUCUCUUCUUAUUUCAGCGAAAUAAGUUAUCUUACCACAGUGUGGCUUUAUAGUCAAAGAGCAUGGGCAUGAGAUUGGCCUGCCUGCAGUCCAGACCGGACUCCCACUGAAAAUGUGUGCACAUUUACAUUAUGAGGUGCAAAAUAUCACAACAGAGACCCUGGACUGUUGAGCAACUGAAGUGGUUCACAUUUUUACACAACGUCCAGACUUCAUCGGAACUGGGGUUUGUCGUAACUGACUCACAAAGGGAACAUUUUUUUCUUCAUAAACGGCAGUUUGAUGCUCUGACUUUAUCUUCGGCCUUUGACAGGACUACAUAAAGAGCUCUUCAUUUAGACUACAUUAUAACACAAAUGCUAUACUGUGGCUUUAUAAUCGAGCUCUGUAUGUGUGUAUUCAGCCAGCUGAAAAUCCUGUCUGUUGGUUUUUGUAGAUCCUCCUCACUUUCCAUGUGGGACCCCAACAACUUGACAUCAGCUCCCCUCCACAUAAAAAGUCUUUCCAUUCAUCUCCAGCCCCUAGAUUAUUCUGGUUUGGCACCUUCAAAACUCUCCAUCCCCACCCCCAAAAAUCUCUGUAUUUGUAUUUCUUUCCUUCAAACCCCCCAAACAGUCGUCCCUCCUCUGUCAGACUCUUUCUCUGUCUCUGCCUCUGUGUUGUAAUUGAAAGCAGCUGUGCAGAGGUUACUAAAGUUCAUACUGAGCAGUUUCUGGAGGAAGGCCUGAGCUUCAUUUAGAGCUCCAGUUUCCCAAAAUGAAGGCAGGCUGCUGUCUACCGGUCGUUCCAGUUGGAGGGCUCCACUUGGAAAAGUUUACACACUACUUGGACACAACAGUACCUGCACAGUCCUCUCUCUGCAUUACAGUAGAGAGACAGAAAGUCUGACUGUAAUGUCACGUGAGUGUAGAGGAUGUGAGACAGAAGGGGGAUGAAGGCUUAUUACUGGACGUCUGCCCAUAAGCUUGGUUUCCUUUCUAGUAAAAUGAAAUUCACAUUAGGUGGGUCAGAUAUCACACUUCCCACUCGACUGGGGAUCAUAAUUAUGGAAAGUUGCAGGAAAAAGUGAUGCUGGGGAGCACUAGAAAAAAGUUCUUCAUGUGUAUUACCGAUGUUAAACAUUAACCAGACAUCUAAAACACUAAUAAAAAGCUGGUGAAAAUUUGACUAAGGUUGUCUGAUGGCAAAUAACUGCAGAUGAAGUUCUUAUUAGAGAAAACUAAAUUCACCAAGUUUUCAAAAUGAUACAGAACAAUAGAUUGGUGACACUUGGCCCACAAUAACAAUAGGAAUUUCAACAUCAUGACAUAUUAUAGUGCUCGAUUGUUUUUACCAAAAUACAUUCCCAAGCUAUACUUAGUCUGAAACAUAAGUUUGCUUUUCUGUCGACCUGUAUGACUGAGCCUGUAACUAUUGUAUUCACCCUGAAGUCAAUAACUACAGCUGACUGUUAUCUGUCAUUCUGGUAUAAUCAAUAUUUGAACCCUCCCUUGCUCCCACCUCUAUCCAUCUAAUUGCUGCACAUUUUAGCUCAAGUUUUAUUUUUUUUAAACAUAUCUUUAUUGGUUUUUGUAUUCAUACAACAACAUCCAACAAUUUAAACAUAUGGUAGUAAUGAAAAUAAUAAUGAAAAGAUAAAUAAUACAGAAAAGGUAAAAAAUAAAUGUCCUAAUAAAACAAAUAAUUAAAAAGAUAAAUUGAACCAACAAAUUAGUCAACAAAUUGCUGAGCAAUAAAUAAAAAAAUCAUCUAAAAAAAUAGCACGAAUAAUCAAUCACUAUUGAUAAUAAUAUUAUCCUAACAAAUUAAAUAUUUUUAAGUAUCUUAUUCUCACACUGUCUCCUCCAUAUCGCCACCUUUCAACAGUUCCAGAAGUAUCCUCCAAAUGUCAUAAAAUUCAGAGGGUUUCUUCCUAACAAUGUAGGUCAGCUUCUUAAGAGCCGAACUUAUUCAACCAGUGGUUAAAAGAGAGUCAACCAACAUUCUUCCAACAUAAUGCAAUAGAUCGUUUGGCCUGCAGUAAACAAAGAUCAACCAUUUUUCUUUCUGUGCAAGAGAAAGAACAGUCCUCUGGAUAAAUGCCUAAAAUACAGAACUUAGGGCAUAGAGGUAAAUGGGAAGUUGUGAUUUGAGAGGUAUACUUUAAUUUUAGCUCAAGUUUGUCUAAAAGUGUCAUAAAAACCUGAGUAUUUAACUCCUCCAACCUCUGACUGCCAUCACUUCCCCCCAGAGGUUUCCAGCCUGCGUGAAGGUGUAAAUAAACAGCAUGAGCUGACACUGUGUUUCCCAGGCUUCUCCCUUUAAGUGAAUCUAAUCUGUCUGACCUCACUGAGCCCAACUUUUAGUUUACUAUUAAUAGGCUCAGGCACAGCAGGGCCAUGUAGCAGCACGACACUCAGAGUCCAGCUAGCUGUAGCUGUAGCCGAGGAAAAUCAAAGCUUGUUGCAGAGCAGGAGAAACAGGCCUAUUGCUGUACAUGCACCCUGUCAUUCAGCCAAACAUUUUCAGAUGUAAAUGGCGCUCAUCUUAAUAAAAUGCAGCAAGAUAUCCAUCCAAGAUUUUUUUUGCCUCCAGCUUGGAUACCAGCUCUGUUUAUGGCUUGUUGUGCCGUGGAAACCUAUUAAAGAGACCCACCCUCACUCAAAAAAAUUCCACCUCAUGCACAAGAUUCAAUACCUGACACUUACUUCUUUUUGUACCUGGGAGAGGAAUCCAGUCUUUCAGGAGCAAUGUCCUUUGUCAAGAGGAUAUUUUCACAGUGACUGCGCGAUGUCAAAUCCAGCCACUGAUCUGCUAAUGCUGCCUGUCAAUGCUAAUCUAUACUCUCUGUUUUGUCUCUUGUCACCAACAGAGCGGAGAAGACAGAAGUCCUCAGCGAUGACCUCCUACAGGUAAAUCAGUAAUCCCACCAUAGAGCUCUGAGUCUGAACACCUCCUAAUGCUGGAAUGGCUGCAUCUUUGAUCACCAAUCCUGUGAACCACACUUUUACUUUUACACCGCUUCAACUGUUAGCAAAAAGGAUGUCUUUCAUCUAGCUCCUAAUCUUGAUCAUGAUGAUGAGUGCAGAUUUGUCUGAUAUAAAAUCUAGAAACUGGUCAAAUAAUUAACCUGAAGCUAUGUAGUGCAUAAAUAUAAAUAAAAUGAGUUUUUUAAAUCAUUGUACAACCCUAGUUCCCAAACACUCAAAGAAAGCACAACUUUUCACACACCAGAUGACUGAAUAGAGCUCCUGUGACCCGUAAAACUACUGACUAACGUGACAAUUCAAGGCUGUAGCAGGUAAUUAAACAUUUUCAGUCAGUCCACUUUGCUUGUAGAUGUGUUAAUCAUUAAUAAAGCCCGGUUUACAUUUUAGUCGGAUUGAAACCUUCUCUGCUGCAUAUGAAUGCAUUGUUUUCCUGAGCAAUAAUCUGCAGCUUCUGCCACAGAAAACAUUGAUUUCCUGCUGCGGUACUGAGUCAUGCAAAAGUAAUACAGCCCACAUCUGUCACAUGAAGGCUGUUGUACUGUUUGUUCUCAGCAGGGCUGCAACCAACAAUUAUUUUCUCACUUUGUAGAACAUUUGUUGGUUGAGUUGUUUUGAUCAGUCCUGUAUCAGCAGUUUUGAAUUCUGGGAAAAUAAUCAGGUGAGAAAAGCGAGCAGGAUAUAAUGUAAUUGUAUGAUAUCCUGGGUAUUAAUCUAAAGAGGAUCUACUUAUCUCUACAUGCAGGUGUAGCUGAAGAUGUUGUCUACAUCGAGAAUUCCAGCUUAAGCAACAAGUUUUGUUGACAGAGUGUCACUAAGACCAAGUGGAGUCGAACUUUUAGAAUUCUUAAAAUGCUUCAGAUUGUCCAACCUCCAAACAACAAACAAGCUUAAAAAAGUUGUUUUCUUCCAAUUCUAACCCUAAAAAACUUUUUAAUUUUUGAAAAAUCUUUUACAAAUCACAACUCAGAGAUUAAAUCACCAAAAAUAUACUGUCUGUUCUGUGUAUUUCCUGAUACACAAUGAAGUGGGAAUCACCAGCAACAGCUGAAUGGGAAAGUAUGAAAAACAAGAGUUGACUGUGUUACACUGAAAUAGGGCAGGGCGAUAUGGCGUCAAAUCAAUAUCAUGAUAUAUUGAGCAGUUCACCUUGAUAACAAUAAAUGGAGGAUAACCACUCCACAAGCUGCUCACCCCCUCCCACAUGAACUUAAUCGACCUCAGCUGCCACUGCAGCCACAAUAACUUUUGAACCGUCCUCCAUCUCCUCACCUGUCUUUCCCUCUUUGCUACGGACUGGAUGGGGUGGAGUCACAUCUCUGACAUAGGACAGCGUCUUAAAGAGACAUGAGACCAUAGCCUACCUACACACAUCCAAAACCAACUUUUACUUAGUUAUUUUUUUGAACACCAAAUAUAUUGACGUGGGCAGAAUGAUGUAGGUUAUUGUUGUAAAUUUCUGUGUCAGUAAAUUUUCGGUUUAUCGCCCAGCCCUAACUGAAAAUAAUGUUUUAGUUUGAUGUGUCAACACUCACUAAAUCAGGAGGCCUUGUCUGUAACAGCUGAUAGGCUAGCUCCUUUGCCAAUUCUCAGGCUUCUUUCUCAACAAGGAGGCAAGAGAACAAGGAUCCUUGUGACUAAUGCACAUGCCAUUGACAGCAACCUCCUUGAAGCAAACUGAACAAUCCCUUUAACACUUGCUCCAUCUCUACAUUGACUUUUAUUAGUAAAACACUUUGACAGACUAGUUCCAAAGGCAGAACAAACUCCAAAGAGCUGCAUGGUGUGUUUUGUUUUGAUUUCUUCACAGACUUAGGAAAGACUGAUUGAAGUUUUAAAGACCAGCUGGAGUGUUUGCUGAGCCAAAAGUAUGCACAUCUUCCUGCCAACCAAACAGCAGCUGAUAUCACUUAAUGGAUCCUCCUCCCCUUGGUUGAAUGUUGCUUAUCAGCGAGUUCAGCUGGUGUGGAGCUUUAAGACCUGCAUAGUCAUGGGGCUUUUGCUGACACACUGAUUAUAAGCCAUUCCAUUAAGAGCUCAAAAAGCUGCACAGAGAUUACCAUGGGUGUAAACGCGUCUAUAUUAAAAUGGUUUGUCUGUAUUGCUUUGUGUGUGCGUGUGAAAGCUGCUGGUGCAAGGAUUUCCCGGGAGAAAACUCUCCUCAUCCUCUGAGUCCGUCUGAGGCAGACAGCAGGUGGGGCGGCAAGAUUCUGGCUGCUCAGCAAAGACAUUCCAGCGAGGAGGAUUGCCUUUGUGUUUCAGAGGGAGGUGUCAUAGAUGUGAAAACAAACUCAGCUGGCUCUGCGUCCUGAGAGCAGCCAGGACUACAAAGUCUUACACCCUUUCAUUCCUAUUAUUCCUUUCUCCCCACCCUCUUUUGUACGAGGUGCAUAAACAAACAACACCUUCCUGUCUCUCAGGAAUUAUGGAAAUUUUAUUGCUCUUUAUGAGCAGAAAUAUAUGAGCGUCAGCUCCAACCUUAGAGUUAGAUAUAGAGUUGAUAUGAGCAAACAGAAGCAACUGGUAGUGUGCUACAGGUACUUUUGAUGAGGUGAGGAUGUUUCAUUAUUUCAGACAAAUUUGACCUUCACUGCUGAUCAAAGACUCAAUUGUUCUGCCCUCCCCUAGAGAUCAGCUGUUAAGACUGUGAGCAGAGGUUGUUUAUAGGGACAUUUCUGUCCGAUAAAGGAGGGAAAUGAAACAUUUGACCAACCCUUUCAUUGUUUCGAUGGCCUAAAAACAAUAAUUCACAUUUUAUCCAUUGUGGAGCAUUUCUGUGGUCUUCAUGCAGCAGCUUCUAUUUACUUUUAGUUAAAAUAUAGAGGACUUACUUGAGCUUAGCAUUACACCCCUUAAAAUGCACGAUAUUUAAUGUUGUCUGGAAUGCAAUUGCAGUGAUUUUUGACUUCUUUGAACUGAUUUGAGAUGUUGGUAGCAGUACAAUAUAAGUAUAGCGUGAUACGAUACGAAAAAAACCAAUACACUUUAUUGUGUAUUGUUUUCAAAGUGCUGCACAUGCUUAACUGCACCCACAAUGUACAGUAUAUGUUUUGUUGAUGUGAAGUUGACCUACCAGGGUAAAAAGCACCAACUAAUUUCUCCAGUUAAUAUUGUAAAGUAACAAAACAUAAACCAGUUUCUUUCUCAUACCCACAAUGUAUUCCCAAAAGAGAAGGAAGAUAUUCAAUACAACACAAUACAAAUACUUUAUAUAUCCCCAAAGGGAAAUUUAUUUGUCGGAAUCUCCUGAUUUUUUUACUCUGGAAAGACGGGUAACAAACUGUGUGAAUCCAGUCAAGUGAGAGGAGAGGGUGACAUGGUUGAAGUCUCCUGGUAUUAUUACCUCAGUGCCUCAGGAUGUUGAGUCUUUAUCCUAGCAACAGUAUCAUGGAGAGUACAUAUAUACAAGUGUUGUUAUAUGACAUGACUGUUCUCUCUUGGAACAUAAUAUGACUUUAGAGCGACUGCCAACAGUUCAAUAUUUGGACAACACAACUUCUCCUUGACAGUUAUGUGUGAAGGGUUACACCAUCUCUGGUUGACAAAUAAAGCCAGACCCCCUCCUUUCUUCAUGCCACUAACUUGAGCAUCUCUGUCUGACCUUUAUGAGAGUGAAGCCAGGUAGAUCCACACUGGAGUCCGAGUUGUUUUGAUUCAACCAGGUUUCAGUAAAAACUCAGAGACUGCACUCAUGAUAUGCUUUCUCAGUCUUCACUAAUAUCUCCAGUUGACAUUUCCUAUGAUGACUGAUGUAAGAAAGGGCUUAUAUCUCCAUUUCCUGCCCUUCAAGUUUGGCUUCACCUUUACACCAGCACAGCAACCAUGAAAAACACCUCCAGAUGUUUGCUGCAAUUGGAUGUUGCUGUCCAGAUUUGCUCUGUCUCAAUGAAAGAAACUCUCCUCUUGAAUAAACUCUUCUUAGAGCAAAGAUAUCAAUCAGCAGCAGAUAAAAACAUGACAAAAAUUUGAAAAAAUGAGCAAAAAUUUCAGAGAGACCAGACUUUGCUGCUCCUUGGUUGAGCACAGGUUCUGGAUUGAGGAUUACUCAUCCAAGCCAAAAAUACAAGAAAUAAACAUAAAUGCAUAUUUAACACAUCUGUAUGGAAUGAAAAACCUGCCAGAUCAAAGGUUUACAAGAGUCCUUAAGAGUCCUUAGGGCCUGUACCACUUCUUCACUUUUAAGCGCAAUAUUCAGAUCUAGAUCUUUGAACCUCUCAUAUCAAUGUUUUUAAAAGUGAGUGUCACAUGUUGCUGACGAAAUCUAUUCUGCACUUUUGGUUUUGGAUCAUUAACAAGUCUCGUCGGCACACAGGACACCUGUUGUGAUAAUGUAAUGUUGUGUGCAAGAUUUUAAACAUUGAUUGUGUUGUGUGAAAUGUGCUGUCGAAAGAGCAGAAAAGAGGAACAUUUAGUGGGUGGGUACCACUGCAGGUAUAAAGAGAUGAAAGCUGUCAGUGUGGUAUGGGUGUAAAUCUUAAUAAAGUUAUGCAAAGUUAAGACAAUGCAAUCUAAUAUAAGAAACACAUGCUAUACAAAGUAAGGAUGCAGAUAUUAAGUAGCCUAAUAAUUGAACUGAUUACAUAACAGGUACAGCCCCAUGUUGUGGGAACCACCGAGGCCAUGGUCAUUCCUUUCAUCGAAAUGAUUUAACUUAACCUCUACUCUAGUCUGCCAAAGUAAUCUGUGAACUAAACACCUCUGUGUUUGUCCCCCCACAACUCCCUAUGAUUGAUCUCAUUCAAAGUAUGAGCUGGUAUUCUCGACCCCCUCCUUAUCUCGUGAGCUUUUUUUAACAUAGACCUUAAGGAUGCCUCAGAGCCACCCAGCAUUCUUGUGCCAGCUGUCCAUUCCUUGCUGCUCCUCAUCAUAGCUGACAAUCCUUUGCAUAGCUCCUGGAAAGUAAUCCUGAAAUACCAGGAUGCCUACUUGCACACACUCAUUUAGUUGUGUUUACAGCCGAGGGAAUUUUAUUAGGUAGCAACCAGCUGUCUUAAACACCUAUGUCAUGUUUCCCUAAUACUAACAAAGACUAGCUUGUUUGCCAUUGACUUUGACGCCCCUGCUUUAAUGCGUCAUGUAAGUUAUUUUUGUCCAAUUUCGACAUGUCCAGACAUGUUCACAUCCUUUCUCUAAGGAACCGAUAAACAAACACCUAGACAGACAUCCUCUCUGUCUGUAUGUCCUGCUCAGUCUUGGGAUUCCCUGCUCGAUGACGAGUCAUUAUGGGAUUGAGCAUAUGUUGACCUCAUCACACAGCAGGAAAACCUUCCCAGAUUCUUCCUCUAAAUGUCAACUUUGCUCUAUUUUGUCAAGGUCCUCCCGUUCCUUCACAUAAUUCAUUCGCUGACCAUAUUUCAUCGUGCGUGCAAACCCAUCCUGUUACAAUUAGAGGAAAAGAAGUACUCCCUGUGCCAUGUAACCCAAACAUUUCCAAUACACCCACGCAAAAACAGGGAGGGGAAUCCCUGACUUGUUUAGCAUGAGGCACUGACUGAGUCUGAGAAACGUUCCCAAGCAAAGCGUUUAUAUGUCUGAGUGUGCUUUUGAUAAGUUUGUAUUUGAGCCAGCUGUUCGGGGAAUGCCGGGGGCCACCACGGGUCGGGAAUGACGUAAGAGCGAGAGAACAGAGGCAGAGAGCACGAGGGCGGAUAUCUGCUGUGGAAUUCCUGAGUUCCGACUCCGUUCUGUUUUUGGAACACAAUUGUCUGGUAUUUAGUUGAUCCUCCCUCUUCAUUUGUCUGCCUCUAUUUCCACUCACUUCACCCCCUAGACCUCAGAGAUCCCAUUUAUUUUUGGCAUAUUGUUUGUGCCAGGACCAAGACACCCGCUUUUCCUCAGAACCUUAAAAAAAAAAAAAAAAAAUGAUGAAGACACACCUUGUCUGUUUGGAAUUUGUUCAAUCCGCUGUUGACUUUCUCAUGAGUGGUGCCAACAUAAACCAGUUUUUUUUUGCAUCAUGGUCCCUUACAGCACACUUGAACUGUAACUCGCAAUGAUCAGCUCUUUUCAUGCGGUGAUGACAGCCAACCUAAUGUUGACACUGUUAGUCCCAGUCAGGCACCUGGCAUGACAAGGACAGUGAAUAGUCAUCCUGCAGAGCUUGAGCUGCUCUCUGUCCCCGACUCCCAUCAAUGACAGUAUUAUAUGUUGUCAGGCUUUCAGCACAGAGUGGAUCUGUGUCGUCGGUCCAGCAGACAGGAGAAAGACUGUGUGAUCAAAAAGACCCUCUUUUUUUGAAAGCUGAAAAACCCUUCCUUUUUGGUCACAGCCCACUUCCCGUUGCUAUAGUGACACUUCCGAUGAGUCAUGUGUUUAAAAGAUAACAUUCCAGCGUUGUUCCGCAAGGACUGGGCUUAUCAAUCAUGCAUGACCUCUGACCCCUGACUCCUUCAAGGCAGCUACAAAUCAAAUAAGGAACACAACUGGAACACAUCAGCUAUCAACUCUGCAGGCACUAUGUUGUGUUGCUUGAAUGGAGGCUAGAUAUGGCUUUAAUGAGAUUAAGUCCACACAGUGUUUGAUCUGAUCCAAGUCUGUGGAAAAAAGAUGGACAAUAUGACAGCACCCGAGAAGUGAAACCAAAACAUUUAGAGUCCUGAUACUGACUUACUGCAGCACUUUUAUACACUGGAGUAAAAUAACUGGAGUAAAAAAGAUGAAUAUUUGUUUAAAUUAAGGACAGUUUGGGCCGACUGUCUUUGUAUCUGCCUUAAACUAACAGGAUACUAAGAUCAGGCUAAUUCUUAUUAUGAGUCAGAUAGUAGGAGUGGGAGAAAAAAUUGUUACAGCAUAGUGCAAUGAUAAAAAUCGCAAUGAUAUUAUAUCCUGGCCCAAGUAUCGUAAUAAUAAUGUAUCCUGGCCCAAGUAUCGUGAUAAUAUUGUAUCCUGGCCCAGGUAUCGUGAUAAUAUUGUAUCCUGGCCCAAAUAUUGUGAUAAUAUUGUAUCCUGGCCCAAGUAUCGUGAUAAUAUCGUAUUAUGGCCCAAAUAUCGUGAUAAUAUUGUAUUAUGGCCCAAGUAUUGUGAUAAUAUUGUAUCCUGGCCCAAGUAUCGUGAUAAUAUCGUAUUAUGGCCCAAAUAUCGUGAUAAUAUUGUAUCCUGGCCCAAGUGUUGUGAUAAUAUUGUAUCCUGGCCCAAGUUUCGUGAUAAUAUUGUAUCGUGCCUCAAGUAUCGUGAUAAUAUUGUAUCGUGGGGCCACUGGUGAUUCCCACCCCUAUCUGAUAGUAUUCAGGUCUUAUUUGAGGCAGAGUCUUUGCAUUUAUUACUGUAACUAAAUGGCUGUAUUCAGUAUUCAGCUGUAUUUCAUGACGUUUUUGCAGAGGAUUUCAACUGAUCUGAGUGAACAUCAUCGUGUUAUAAUUGCAGUGGACUGUGUUGCCUAUUGUUUUUGCUGUUUUUAUGGGAAGGCUGCAAAAAUGAAUCGCCCUCCGGGGACGGAUAAAGCUGUUUUGAACACUACUCAGUGCUUUCAGUGCUACUUGCUAUGUUCUUUCUGUCACUCAAUAGAAGAGACUGCUGAUAAAUCAGGGCGUCACUUGCAUACCCUCUAUAUAUCACAAACUCUAUCUCCUCCUCCUCCAUUCUCACAAAUGUAACAUGGUUCAAAUGCCUUGUCUGUAAUUUUAAUUUCAGAAAGCCACAUUUCACUGAAACAAAUGCUUGAAACAAAUUUUCUUUGCGCCUUGCUCCAGCAUAAUUGGUUCUGACAUAUUGUACGUAAACAGAGGAUAUUUGCAUAAAACUUGUUCUUUCUCGUCUUGUGUGUUCACAGAUUGAACGGCGCAUGGAGUUGGUGCGUGUGGUUUCCCACAACACCCACAAGCGGAUGGUGUCAUGUCUACAGGGACACAUCGGAGCAGAAGCAGAGAAGAGACAUGUGAGACAUUAAUCUUGUUACAGUAAAGCAGGAGAAAAAAUCCAGGCACUGUUAAAUUGUUCCAGGAUUUAUGUUACUAGAUGUUUUAUCUCACUAGUCUCUACACAUAGCUUUUAUUGUUUCCAUUGAAAGUAUCACAGUAGGCCUACAGUCUAUGAUUUCUCUUUUGUGUUUUUUACCCCACACCAACCCAACACUGCACCACAGUCUGUACCACGCCUCUAUACAGGAAACGGUCAGGUAAAAACGCUGAAUAUUCACUCUGAUUCUCUGGUUCUAAGCACCAUCUACUCCAUUUCCCAUUCAGACAUCUGUCAUCUUUAGUCACUCUGCAUGACACUUUCACCUUUGGGAUCUGGUGGCAAAAACAGGAAGCUGAACUCUCACGAGUGUUUUGCUCAAACAGAAUCUCCGCAAUAGUGAAAAUAGACUCCAGGGGUGUCAUUUGAUAGAUGUCUCACUUCCUUAGUUUGCAUCUUCAGUACCAUUCAACAUCUGCAUUUUCCUCCUUUGCUCAGAAAGCUUUGGUCCUCUUCCUGAAUUUACCACUUCAUGGAAAGUCCUUGAUGAGUUUUCCAUUUACUGACAAACACUGAAGCCUCUCCAUAGAAAUUAGUCAUUUUUCUUCAUCUGCACGGUUUGAAUGUGUCAGGAUACACGUGAUUGUGCCUCUGUCUUCUUCCCGCAGAAAAAGCUUCCGCUGACUUUGCUCUCCCAGGCGAUGGUGGAGGGCGGAAACCAGUUGGGAGAGGAAUCCUUGAUAGGGUGAGUUUUAGAUUUUGAUUGACAGGCUGGAAAACCAACAAUCUGUAACGGAGCAGAUUCCUCAAGAGAGUUUGAAAUAUGAGGCCAUGCAUCCAGGACAAGCAGUUUGCCUAGUUUCAUUUUCUGGAUGGGACUUUCAGAUGUUCCCUUUAUGAGGGCGUCACAUCAUGUGUCCGAGAGUGACCAAAAAACACCGCACAGCUCAUAGUUGAGGACCUAGAAAGUAAAAGUGUGCUUUCACAUGUCUGUCUGGGAAGCAAUGAGGAAGAGAAACAGUCGUCAGAUGGUCUGCUAGUAACUCAAGUGACGCAUUUACCUUUCAGCUCCAACUGUAUUGUUCCUUUGCAAAAGUAAGAAGGUUUGUUGGAAGGACAUCUUUUAAGUUUCAUUUUGAUUGGAAACUUUGAUAUCACAAGACUGGCGACUCCAUUGUCUCUACAUGAAACCCUUUCCCAGCCUUGAAAUGUGUCGCACAUCCCCUUAGGUUAACAAAUCUGCACUUGUAUCCCAUUGUUUCCAGCGUAUAGAAUGUGCAAUUCUGUGUUAAUCCCCGACCACAUUAGCUAUUUAACUUACUCACACAGACUUUAUAAAUGUAGAUGCUAAAUUAUCUGUGUUCUCCUACCUGUUCUUCCUUUUUUGGUUUGUGUAGCAGUUGUUCACACCAAUUAUUUUACGAGGGGUGGGAGAAAAAAUCGAUACAUCAUGGUAUCGUGAUAUUUUGUCCAGUGAUGUAUUGUAUCGUCAUAUUUACCAAGUUAGACUUUUUAAAAUUAAUUGCUAAUAUAAAGUCAGAUCUAUGAUAAGUGAAUCUAUAAGUGAUCUAUGAAAGUUAGUACAACAAAUAAAAGGUUUGCAAGAUGUGCUACAUGAAAAAAAAAAUGCAGCGUAAAUAAGACAAACAUAAACUAAGGACAAAUGCUUAAUUAGCAAAACAGUUGAAUGAAUUGUAUAAAUCGCAAUAUAUUGUAUCGCAAUACUCACUGUAUUGCAAAAUGUUAAAAAUCGCAAUAAUAUUGUGUCAUGGCCGAAGUAUCGUGAUAUUAUCGUAUUGUGGGGCCACUGGUGAUUCCCAGCCCUAUAUUUUAGUACACAUUAUUAUUGUCUGUCUAUAUUUUAUUGUGUUUUCUGACCUGCUUACCCUGUCCUUGUGGUGCUGCACCAACCUAAUUUACUUAUAUACCUAGUUUACUAAUUAAGGAUUAUUCUAUUUUAUCUGUAUUUAAGUUCUAAUAAUGAGAAUCAUUUUGACAAAAAAAAUGACCAAAGCCUGUAAAUCAGAUUUGUGAGACACUGACAGUAAUCCUGCUUUCUUUCUACAAUUUAACAACAGUCAGGCGGCGUGUUUCUACAGACAUGUUAAUAAGCGUCUUUCCUGAACGCCCUCAGCAACAUAGUGGCACGUCAAAAUACAGUCCAGCAAGUCAAUGCAGCAUUUACGUGUAUUAUGUCUGAGCUUACUCACAUAUGCCCAUCACACACUGUAACAAUACACAUUUAAACCGUGGAAGCUUAUAUUUCCAAUAUUUACAGGAAGAGGGGGAAGGAAGGAAGAAUGUAAGCAGAGUAAUGCAAAGCUUGGCAGCUCUGGGUUUAUUGAUUCAAACCAUUUAUUUUCAGUUUUUGUUCUAGGACCAGCAAGACACAAUCUCAGUCAACUUUACCUUCAAGAUACUUUCUCAGCUCUUUUGUAGGAAAGCUCCACUGUAAGUGGUGAUGGAUUUUCCACAUUUGUUUCUCCACUCCUUUGUUUCUAAACCAGAACAUUCCCCAGAUGAGGUGCUCCAAGUUCAGGGCUAUUACAGUCUUAAAUACCUUGCUUGAUAAAACCCUUUUACUGGUCAGAGUUGUACUGUAGUUCAGCCAGUGUUGCAGCUUGAAAAAAUAACAUUAAAAAAACUUGAUUUUGUUCUCAGUUACUGUAGGACGAGCUGGAGCGUCUGAGAGGUUGAUGUUUUAUCUGGAAGAUUUAUGAUGUAGCCUAAGCCAGCAGUGCUUCUGAUGCAACGCAAAGGCAAAGAUGUGAUUUUUACACCCCUCUGUCUUUGUGCUGACUAACAGGAAGAUGAUGGAAGUGUGUGGGGAUGCGGAGAACCGUCUGGCUUUAGAGCUGAUGCAACACGAGCUGCAGUUAGAGAAAGACGUUCUGGAUCCCCUCAGUCAGCUAGCAGAGGUAAGAAAGCUCACUCUGUGAACACUAACAGCAGUGAAACAGUCAUUAAACAUUUAUGAACCUUACAAGCUCUUUGCUUGUUUUGAGGAGAAGUUGCUGUUUACUUAUAUUGUCUGAUCAUAGUGGUCAUUUUUUCAUAUUAAUGUCUUUUGGAUUUACACUGCCCAGCUGCAAAGAUUACAUAAACCUACAAGUUUGUCCUCAUUUGACCUGCUCUCGUCAUGUGAUCCUGGUAACAAGGUUAAACAAAAGGAUGUUUUCUGUCAUAAAAUACUAGUUUGACAUUUUAAACCAGCCACAGACGUUUAACUUUGUACUCUUUGCUGUGUUGAUUUCAACUUGUCAGACUGUACCUAAACUGAGAAUUUUGGUUUUUAAACAAUCAUGAGUGCUUCAAAUAAUAUUUGUUUUUCUUAAUAUCACCAUGAAAACGGCAAACCAGAGGAAACGUCUUUGUCGUCCAGAGAAAAUCCAUCUCAGUUUGUCGGCUCUUUGUCAUUCUUGGAUGUAACUUUUGUAGGUGGACAUUCCCAACAUCCUGAAGCAGAGGAAACAGCUGGCCAAAUUGGUGCUGGACUAUGACUCUGCCAGAGCAAGGUUUGUCUGCUUACAGCUCACUCCCUUUCUCAAAGUGUUGAAUUUGAGGCUGUUAUAGGUGAUGCAUCCAAAUAAUACCUAAACGGUACAAAGCAAAAAUUUUCAGCUAAAGCGAACGUACUCUUGACGAGAGACAUCUGUUCAUUAUCCUGUCUUUGUUGACCUUUCUCACAUGGUUUUCACUCCAUUUCACUUUCACUAUUACAAAUGUUUUCAUCUCCCCUCUUUCUGUCCAAACCCAGAUGGUUGCAGGCAACCAAGUCAAUAAUCUCAGGAACAAACACACAAGCACUGACAGCGAAGGCGGACCUACUCAAGGAGGAAAUGGAUGAGGCCAUGAACAAAGUUGAGCUUUGCAAGGUAACUGGCCUUACUGUUCAUGAACCACCAUGCUGCAUAACUGCUACAUUACUACAUCCAUGUUUAGAAGAAAACUUUUAAAGCUCCUCUGUCGUGUUUUAAGUUGGUUAAAAAAAUGACUCCAAUUCAUACUGAUACUAGUUAUAUAGGAACCAGUGGUAGUUAUUGACCGCAGGCUACUGAAAUUGGCCUUUUUUCACAUUUUCCAUGGCAAAGAUUCCUACUUAAGCACCAUUUGCACAGGAUUACUAUAACCUGGGGAGCUCUGGUAGUUUGUGAGUUGGACUCUGAUGAAAGUGUUUAAUGUGGCACAUUUUCAAAGUUUGUAAAUUACUCAAAUUUACUGACAGUUCUGAUUGAAAUCAACAAGGUGCCAGAAAACUUUCACAAUGUUAAGUUUAUAAGCUCACCACUCUAUAAAGCCAUUUGUAUUAAGCCAGAUACCCCCCUCCAAUUUUAAGUUUGGCUUGUGUCCUGUCUAGUAACAUGGAAUAGACGGGCAUUGUUUUGGCUUCACUUUUGGUGAGCUGUCAUGUUGUCCAGCUUUCAUACAGUCUCUGUUUCAUACAACAGUAAAAGAUCUACUGUUUUGAUGGUGAGUGAUUGGUUAGCUGAAGGUAAUUUGAAAUGUGUUAAAGUAAAAAUAAACCUCAUCAGGAGUUAAAACUGGGAAAAAAGGAAACAACUGGACUUCUGGAGACCCCCCAGGCCCUCUGACCCACUUUGCUGAUGCACAUAUGACGAACGAAAAUGCCCUGUCAGCAUGGAGUGUGUGUGUGUGUGUGUGUGUGUGUGUGUGUGUGUGUGUGUGUGUGUGUGUGUACGCAUCUGCUAAUCUGAAUCACUGCUGGUGGGUUUUAGUGCGCAGCGGCUGCAUGAUGUGUCCGAUUUUUCAGUCCAGGAAGUGCGGAGCCCUUGUGUUUCCCCUUCACAGAUUCGACCCCCCCCACCCACCCAAUCCCACCGAGUCUGCCAACAGCAGGAGGAUUUAUGACUCACGUAGCACACAGGCCAGCGGCUUAGCUGACCACUGACGUCUGUACUUGUGCCACUUGGAGCGCACAGUAGAUCAUUAAUGGAUGACAGUGUGAAGUGGAGAUGGAAGAUUUUGAUUCGAUUGAUCCAAGCUCUCCGCCUGCUGCUGUUGUUGUAAAUCACAUGGUAACUAUGGCCUAUAUCUUUCAAUACUUUUGACAGUGUGAAUUUUUGUCACUCAGGAUCAGCUGGCUGCAGACAUGUACAGUUUUUUCUCCAAAGAAGGGGACUAUGCCCUCUACUUCGUAACAGUGAGUACAGCCAAACAAGCCCCACAUGUGUUUGCACGAGUCUUUUGUGGGAAUGUUCACAGCUGCAGAGGAACCGGGGGAGCACAGACUUGGCCAGCCGUUUUGUUUACUUUGCUGUCAUGUCUUUUUGCUGUUUGCCUUAUUCAUCCCACCUCACCUCGACUCAUUUCCAUCUGUGUUGUAUCUUUUUUUGUUUUGUAUUUUUGUCUCUGUAGCUCUUAGAAGCUCAAGCUGAUUACCACAGAAAGUCUCUCACUGUUCUGGAGAGCGUGAUGCCCACCAUCCAGGCUCAGCAAGGUAGAAUACACACAAACAAACAAACAAACAUGCCCUUAUGCUCUCACAGACUUUAUUUUUAGCCCAAAACACUACAGCCUUGUUUGAAAGAAUGCAUAAAAAGAAGCCUCUGUGUGGUGCAUGAUUAAGAACGUCUUUACAAAUGUCCCGAGGGAUGCAUGUGUGGCACCCUCUGUUUUUCUUCAGUUCCUGUGUUGUUUAGCGUCCCUUUAAACAAAUCUUUUCCUAUGAGGCGCUGGAGGGGUUUGAAAAGCUUGCCUAGAGGUGUUGCUAGGAGGGUGGAACAGUUUCUCAUUCACUUUUUUUCUGACCGGUUCGGAAAUGAAAACAGCUGUUUUUUUUUUUUUCUUAACUUCAAGACUUCCAAAAGUUGCCCCAGUUGCGGUCACCACUUCUAAGGCCAAGAUGUAAAAGAAUCGUCAAUUGUUUUUGCUUCUUUGCUCUCCAAAAGAAUCCACCUCUCCUCCUCAGGCUUCGUCACUACUUUUUUUUUAUUUUUUUUAUUAUGAGUGUGUCUUAUUGUAGGAGUAUUUUUCCUUGUACCGAACACAUGUGGUCUAAACCAGACAAGCCUGGUCUCCCAGCAUGUGGUGAUGACUCACAAACUCCACACACACACUCCCCCCUCCAGCCCCCCUCUCGCAUCACACCCACCUGGGUUUUGCAAGCUCUCCCCCUCUCCUGCUGCCCCGUUCACAUGCACAUUAGCUCACACAAACACAGAAAGAAGAAGACGCAGACACAGUCACUCCUGCCGGCAAGAAGCAUGUGGUUGUUAUUUUACAGCACCCUGUGAGGGGGAGUGAGGACGGACUAGGAACUGACCCAAAGGAGAGUUUUUGACCCAGAAAUCUGCCACCCAGACAAACACAAUCCCUUGCCAGUGCUGACUCUUACUUUGUGACAUACCAGUGCAACACAUGGGUCAACAAAUCAUCUGCAACAUCUUUAUUGCCGUGCUUGUUUUUGUGUCUUCGCAAAUCUGAAACAGUGUUAUUGUGUUUAGACUCGUGGUCGGAGAAGCCUGCGUUCGGCACCGGGCUUGAUGAGCACCUGAAAAGGAGCGGGAGGGAGAUCGCCCUGCCGCUAGAGGCCUGUGUCAUGAUGCUUCUAGAGACCGGCAUGAAGGAAGAGGUGAGGAUGUGAAAAAGAGAGAGAGGCACAGUGGGGACGAGAAAUUUGACCUGUUAUUCUUCAGUGUAGAUAAACAUUGACACAUUUGGGUUGUAUCAUGCAUUGAACAAAAAGAUAUAUGUAAAGACAUCGCCUCACAAGAAGGUUGCUGGUUCUACUCCCAACUGUGGAGUUUGCAUGCUAGAUACUUCAGCUUCCUCCCACGGUCCAAAGGCUUGUUUUUUUUUUUUUGUUAAUUAACCAGUUUCUCCAAAUCGCUCAUCCGUGUUAGUAUGAGUGUGUCUGUUUUUCUGUCUAUCUAUUAGCCUUGUGAUAAGCUGGUGACCCUGCCUAAUGCCCAGUGAGAGCAAGACUUGGCUUCAGCCAUCCUGUAACCCCUGAGCAGGAUAAGCAGUAGAGUUGAUGAAUGAAUGUGAUGCACCAGAAGUUUGAAUUUUGAGAAUCAUAAAACCUCUCCCAAACUUUCGUGCAUCUCUUUGUUUUGUUUUGGGGUUUUUUAUGGACCAUAAUUCUUACUUGAGUCUCAGUCAGCAGUUCUUAGCAGGAAAGCUUUGAAUAAGCCUCCAUACAGGGUCCAGAAUUAACACCCAUCAAGCGCCAGGUGUGGGUAGAUUUUCUGUUUGGUGAGAAAUGCGCCAUGUAGCGAGUAAAAGUCUGUAUCACAGGAGUAGUGUCUUAAAAAUGAAGUAUGCUGAGUUUUUAUAAGGGUUUGGUGUACCUACACCUCGGGCUGGGCGAUAAUACAAAAAUGUACCAAAAUAUACGACAAUAACUGAUGCCAUUUUGCCCAUGUUGGUAUAUUGGGUGUCAAAAGAACAGUUGGUUUUGGAUGUGUGUAGGUAGGCUAUGGUCUCAUGUCCCUAUAAGACUCUUCCUACGUCAGAGACAUGACUCCACCCCAUCCAGUCUGUCACAACAGUCCUUAAAAGUGGCAAAAUAAUUGCAAUAAUGGGUUCAGGGGAGUACUACUAUCAACUGCCACAGCAACAUCUAUUGGCUAAACCCGCUUCUCUGCUGUCUGCAAGUCUGAACUUGGCAGUGUUGAGCUGACAAACACGACCAUAAUAUGAAUGUCACUGUGCACUGAUGUACUCACACAAAUGAAGGUCGGAUUCAAACUGAUCUAGAGGCAUGACAGCUGUUUGCCAUUAACUUGUGUAAAAAAAAAAAAAAAAAAAAUGUAAACUGAUGAUGUAGCUUUUAUCAUACACUAUAUACAGUGUGCUUAAAGUGUAUUACCGGUCAGGUCAGGGGUUUGAAGCUGGGGUUCAACAUUAAAUCAGGAGACAAUGAAGCUUAAGAGAUAACACCUUUCCUCUUAUCUAACACCGGUUGUCCUUGUCUCACUGUACACAGAAAAAGAGCUGGCGUGGCUCAUUAAAAGUCACAUGGCUCUUUGACUGUGUUCAGUGGCUCCAGUGAUCAUUGGCGUAAUUGAAACCAAGCUGGCGAUUGUUGGUUCGCAUGAAUAUCUUAAUAGUCCGGGCGGAUUUACUGUAGACAAACUGUAAACAAGGGAAACUCUUGAAUCACUGCAGCGCUGUUCCAGAAAAACUGUCUCCCGUUCUGCUCCGGUGAUGAUUUAUAAAAUGUGCCCCCCUCCCCAAAACAAAUUUAGAAAACAAUAGAAGCCACUUGUCUCCUGUCCAUAAAUCAGAGUCCUGUCUGUGUUUAUAUGUCUGUGCGAAAAAAAAAAAAAAAAAACACUCAGAGACAGCAAGCUCUGACUACAAAGUGCUGUACUUGUUGCUCUAUCCAUUCUCCUGCAAGUGUAGUCUGUGUCAUGAUGGAGUGAAGACAGUCUUUGUUUGUGUCAGAGUAAAGGCUCGCUGUGCUGUGAAUGCUGGGUGUGUUUGUUUGCCUGUUUUUAAGGUUUCAUUAUGUGCAGCUGGCAGGGGAAGUGUGAGAGUCUAUGUGUAAUAGAGUGCAAGAGAAGAGUGUGUGUGUGUAACUGUGUGUGUUCAAUGAAAGCAGCACUGAGUCUAGUGUACACAUUGGCGGCCUUGCAUGUAGUGUUACUUUGUUUGCUGGCAGUGUUACUGUGGUUUAUUUGUCCCUGCGUGUGGUUUUCUGUGUGACAGGGUCUAUUCAGAAUUGCAGCAGGAGCAUCCAAGCUAAAGAAGCUAAAAGCAGCGCUGGACUGUUCCACGUCACAACUGGAGGAGUUUUACUCCGACCCCCACGCUGUCGCUGGUACGUCCCCAACAACACACAUGCUUUCUGUUUCUCUUAUGUUUGUUGCUCCAGUUACCAUUAAAAUGACAGAGUAAUGUAAUGCCUGUUGGUGUGUCUGGUAAUUAAUUGGAGUUUAAGCAAUGUGCGUCAUGUUUAAAUGCCCCCCGUGCCUCUCUUAAGGGAGAAACAAACUGUUGUUUCUCUGUUGCAGGAGGAUCACGGCAGGUGUCUUAAUAAACUCAAACAUAAUUACAACCCACCCGCUGUUAAUCAGAUUAUAAAGGACUAAACAUCUUGGACUGUUGCUGUUAGCUAGCUGUUUGCCAACAGUAAUGUUUGAGUAAUUAAAGCAUCUUGCUUUCUUUACUUUUCUGGUUGCAUCCUAAACCAGAUGAUGUCUGUUUAAGACUACGUUUACACGUGCCUGGCUAUUUUCAUAAACGGACAUUUUACCCUCUCCGUUUGCACCACUACAUUCUCAGAAAAGUUUUCAUUUACACUAACUUGUGUAUACGUCCCUUCAAGAGCAUGCCAAACCUGUAGCGAGAAGCUCAAACCCACGUUAGCCAAUCAGAAUCCUGCAUAGCAGCAACAACAACAACGUCCACUUCCUUCUACCCAGCGCACAAUCUGCCAUCGGCUCACCAAAUCUCCGUUUUUCUCUGUUUACAUGCAAACUUGCAAACAGAGAUUUCCAAAAUCUCCACUUCGGCUGGAGUUUUUUUAAAAAGCAUCGUUUUCACGGGCGAAUUCUCUGUGUCUAAAUGAAGGGUUCAAAUGAUGGUUAAUGUCUCUGUUUUUAAAAAUAACCUGGUAUGUAUAAAUGGUGCCUGAGUCUCAGCUAGUCCCUGUAGUCUGUUAAUCUUUGACAACAAAGAGCGUGAUUGAUCGGCACCCUGAUGGGCAAUAAUGUUGGUUUAGAUGGCAUGUGAGCGUACACACUAGCCCACGCUUAAAACUGAAUUAGCUGAGCCUUAUAUAAAAAAUAUGUCAACAGUUUUAUCAAUAGAUUAGUCCCAGUCCUCUGUCUCUACCUUACUAGUUAGCGCUUGACUUCAAGUCCAAGUCAUAAGCACUUAAAUACAAGUUGAGUUACAUGUCCUUAAAAAAUCAGGAAGGAGUUGGACUCCAGAAACUCAGGAGGGGGGUUGAGCUGAGCUGCAGUUAAAGACUUCAGCUCAGUUUGUGGGUUCGGUGUCCUUCAGAGUUUUUUUGUGCACUAGGUGCUACAGAUGGUCUGCGUGAAGUCAGGUGUCUUUUUAAUCAUAUUUGUUGAUUGAUCUGAUGGCAUCAAAAUAUCAUGAUAACUUAUUUCGGCAGAUGAAUUUGUCUUAAAUGUUGCAAAAAAAUCAAACAUCCCAAACGUGUUCUUGUUUCAGGAGCGUUAAAGUCCUACCUGAGAGAACUACCUGAACCUCUGAUGACCUACCAGCUUUAUGAUGAAUGGAUCCAGGCGUCAAGGCAAGGCUCACAGAAUUAUCACAGGGAGCAGCAUCUAGUGAUAUUGAACAGAUCUAUCAUUCUGCUGCAGCAAGAAGUGACAGGAGAAGUAAUUUGGGACACUUAGCUCAAGGGACUCUAGACUAAUAAUAUCCUCAGCUUUCAAUCAUGUCCAUGUUUUCUUUUCCGUGUUAUUUUCUCUCCAGUGUGACGGACCCGGACAAGCGACUGCAGGCACUCUGGGUUGUUUGCGAUAAGCUACCAAAGAGCAACAAAACCAACCUGAGGUCGGUCAUCUGAUGAUUAAGCCUGCAUCUCCUCAGAUAUAUGAGAUUGUGUUUUCACCAUUCUUACCAUGUUUCAAUGCAGGUAUCUGGUGAAGUUUUUAGCCAAACUGGCCCAGGACAGCGAGGUGAACAAAAUGACUCCUAGCAACAUCGCUAUCGUUUUGGGACCCAACCUGCUGUGGGCAAAGACCGAAGGGUGAGAUGGAGACAGAGAUGAUAUUGCAAAUUAAAUAUUUCACAUCAGAUAUUAGAAAAAUAAUCUGCAGGAGGGAUGCAUCUACAUGUCUUAGUUGGACAGGAUUUAAUUGUUGCUUGUCUGUUUGCAUCCACCUCAGGAGUCUGGCUGAGAUGGCUGCAGCUACCUCAGUGCAUGUGGUGGCCAUCGUGGAGCCCAUCAUCCAGCACGCUGACUGGUUCUUUCCCGAGGGUAUGUUUUGCAUCACUAUUUUUAGUGCAACUGUAAAGAUAUGUCCUAAUACACACCAGGGAUACACAAUAAUUGCAAUCAAUAGUAACUGCCAGCUAUAAAAAAAGGGGGCAAAGUCUCUGCUGUUUCUGUCCUGACUGAAACUGCAGGUUCAGUCAUCAGUGGAGCUAUACAGAUGAUGUAAAAAACAUGCUUUUGACUCUUACACAUCAUUUUUUGGUAAAUCAAAGAAGAAAAAGAAAAAAAAAAGCGAAUAAAUGUGGGCAGAUCACUUGUAUUCUUAAUGCCACAUUAGACAGAUCAUCAUUCGUGAAAGAACAGGAAAAAAGAAACACAAGCAUCCUCACAGAGCUCAACCUUAAUCAGAGCGACUCAAUUUAACUGCUUGGCAGCUCUAGUAAAUGUCAUAAAUCCUCUUAAAUGAGUCUCUGCUUUGUAAAAAAAAAAAAGCACAAAUGAAGAGGAGGAUAGGAAAAGAUAACCCACUACAAUUCAUAAUAAGACUUGACUUCUUUUCAAGAUAUCAUCCUUUUUGUAAUCACUGCUAAAGAAGGGUGUCCGUUAAAAAAAUGUCCAAAUCCUGCUAGUUUUUGUACCCCUUUUUUCUCUAUUAUCCUCUUAGUUAUUUGAGUUAGUUAAGAGUGGAGACAAGAUGAUGGUGAUCUGACUGUCCUGUAGUCAGCAUAUGUGUCUCUGGAGCUCUCAGAGGGACAGAGAUGACGGGUCAGCACUUUCUGAUAUCAUGUUACAACAAUAAGGACCCUAGAUGGUAACUUAAGCCCAGAUUUCCUUCACAAACUCUAUUUAAUCAGAUACAUCUAUGAUUUUUUUUUAUCUAUGACAUCUACAACUGGUUAAACAGGAUGUUUGGUGUGUUAAAGGAAAGUGACGGUAAAUCACAAUAUGUCAGUUAAGGAUGAAGAUAAGGUAAAGUGAGCGACCAGAAAGAUAAUCGACUUCUUUCUGCAUCCUUGUUGCAUCACGCUGGUUUUGCCAGACCUGCUUAGCCAGCUUCAGGUCCUUGUCCUGAACUCACAGAUCAAGCCUCUGCAGUGAUCUUACUAGUGGUGUAAAAUACUAUACGUGUCAAGCUAAAUCACUUCCAUCCCUUUUCUCUGAUAUAAAUCGAAGCAGAGUAAAAUAAAAAGCAAACUUUAAAAAAUGACUCAUAUUAGCUGUUUUUUCCCUUUUUCUGCAGAUGUGGAUUUCAAUGUGUCAGGCAUGUUUUCGAUGCCCACACCUGCAUCCAACCACAACAACCACCUCGAUUAUGACUGCAGCACCAUAGAGAGGAAGAGGCCCGGCAGUAUGGUGGGACCAGAGAACGACACAACACGCAAAGACAAGUAAUGAAGCCGGAGUUCACGAGAACGCUUCCUCAAAGCAGCCCUGUGUCCAGAGUUAACCUUUCUCAAUCAGAGCUCUGGAAUUAACUUAAUCCAGUUGCUUUUUCUCACCCUCUUCUUUUGCGUUUCAUAAAGGUUGGGUGUGUUUAAUCGAAAUCUCUAUAUAUGUUCUUUAACGUUGUUUUUAAUCACUUCUCUGUAAUCUGGGUGAUUUUGGUGAUUCUCUGUCCUGCUCUAACCGGUGACUCUCUGAUCAAAGCUUUGGUGUUUCUUUCUUUCUUUGUUUUGUUUUUCUCCCUCACUCUUCCUCCUGCUCCUCCUGUGUAGCACCCCUAACAAGCACUCGGACCACACCCUCCGUAGAGGCAGUAACACCAUAGGUAGAAAGCAGCACACCUCACCCGCCUUCCAGCCUCCUUUACCCCCUGUGGAGGCACCAGGGCAGGGGCAUGGGGUCGGGGCCGGGCCAGGGCAGGUCCCCCAGCCCUCCUCAGAGCCUCAGCUCCAGCCCCAGCCCCAGCCGCAAGCUCCAUCAGGGGGUUUGGGGCCUGACGCCUCCCAGCAAAGCUUGGCGCAGGGCCUCGCUGCUCUCGCCGCAGCCCAGCAGCUUCUCGCUCAGCACACAGAGGAGCUCAGGUAAGAGCUGCGUCUCUGCUGCUGGCGGAGAACGACUUGUCUGCAUGCCCCAAAGACACAGACAACUAGAUUCAGUCCGUUUCCUAAUGCAUGUUUCACUGGUAUCUCGCAGACAUCACCUCCUACUCUGGUCUCUGAUUCAACUUCUUGUUUCUUUAGUAAAACCACAAGUUUUCUUACUCAAACACCACCGGUCUCAACUAUGCAGACGGGUCUAAAUACGACCCACAGACACAGCACAACAAUGGCUGCUGUCAUUCUUCUAGCAGUCACUCGCGGGGGCCUCCGCUUUCCUCUCCAAAUCACUGGAAUCAGCAGGAACCUCACACAAACUGGCCAAAACUGCCUCGAGAAGCCGGGACUCUGCUGCGGCUGUUAUGCAACGUCUGAAGGGUGUCUUUGAUUUAGCUGCUGAAAGGCCAACAUUCAUUUCCACACAGAUUACUCCAUUCAGAUCAGCAUUCUUGAGGUCCUACACACUCUGCUGUGAAGGUGUAGUCAGAUGAGACACCCUGAUUAGAUUAGGACAUGUAUUUCUUCAAUAAGUCUACUUUAUAGAAAGGAAGCAGUGUCUAAUUUGAAGCUCUAACUUCCUCUUAAAACCUCCAUCGGCGGCUGAUGUUAUGUAAGCAGUUCUUAGAGUUUCAGAGAGCUACCUUACCGAGACUUUCCUCUUUUCUCUCCCCAAAGUAAUCCAAAACUGCGUGACCCCACAUCCACCCCCACCCCGCUGCUGCAGAGGAACGGUUCCGCAGCAGGAGGCCAGGCUGCAGGUCAGCUGGGCACUGGGAACCCCGGGGCUGGAUCCAUGGGGCCCAGUCCGCACCUGAUGCGUAGAGGUAAGAGUCCUCACUCUCAUAAUCUGCUACAAAAAAGCACAUAUCUAUACGGAUUAUACAAGAUGAGGCGGAUUAAGUUUAAGAGGACUGGACAUAAAGGUUUAACAACUUUUUUUGGACCAUUUUGGGUUAUAUCCCCAAACUUUUAACACAAGAAGGCUGAUCCCUCCUGUGAGUUCAAUCCAUACUGAAUCGCAAAUAUUUCUCCUUAUCCAUGAAUUCCCCUAAACUCACAGCAAGUCUGUUAUGAACGACUAAGAUUUUUAGCUCGCUGACUUCUAACAUUUUGUGACCACCCAAAAAUUGGCCAGCUGUGUAGCUCCAUUUAUGAGCUCCUGAUAUUUCACAGUAUAUAAUAUGUAAUAGGGCUGGGCAGGGAACACAUUGAAGUAUUUUUGUAUUUUGGGUUUGUGUCUUUUAAGGAAGAUUGGUUUUCAAUUUCCCUUUCAUAGGACUAUUUUUUUCCACAUAUGAUAACCUGUUUCUUUGUGAGGUUAAAAAAUAGCUGAAAAUAGGGCUGGGUGAUAUGGCCUCAAAUCAAUAUCACAAUGUAUUAAACAGUUCACCUUGGUAGCAAUAAAUAGGAGAUAACUUCUCCACAAGCUGCUCACCCCCUCCCACAUUAACUUCGUCUACUUCAGCCGCCGCUCCAGCCGCUCCAACUCCAAACUGUCCUCCAUCUCCUCACCUGUCUUUCCCUCUUUGUUACAGACUUGAUAGGGUGGAGUCAUGUCUCUGACGUAGGACAGCGUCUUAUAGGGACAUAAGACCAUAGCCUACCAACACACAUCCAAAAACAACUUGAUCUUAUUUAUCUAUUUUUUGACACUGAAUAUAUUGACAUGGACAAAAUGACGUUGGUUUUUGUCGUAAAUUUCAGUAUUGGUAAAUUUUCAGUUUAUCGCCCAGCCCUAGUUAAAAACACAAAAUCAGCCAAACCUUUAAAUUCAGAUCAGAAUAUGGACUUCAGUGUCUUUUUUACUAGCCUACCUUCAAAACUAACUUUUAUUUAUUGAUUUUCUGACACCAAAAAAUACCGAUAUGGGCAAAAUGAUGUUGGCUGUUGUCGUAAAUUUCGAUAUCGGUACAUUUUCGGUUUAUUGCCCAGCCCUAAUAUGUCAUAUAAUAUGUUAUUCUGGCACUCUGGAGAAGUAACCAGAGGAUCACUUUGUUAACUAUCAUAUUUCAGGUACCAAGAAGCAAGCUCCUGCCCCGCCCAAACCAACAAACCCUCCACCCAGCCAGCCCUGUAACUCAGUGAACCACACCCCCUCUUCUUCACAGUCCCUCAGCCCCACCCCUAGACCCCUCUCUGGCCAUCCACCCGCCUCACCCACCUCCCCAAACUCACAGCCGUGUGCCACACCAAGACGCCACUCCAGUAACCAGCCCCCCAUCCAGGCGCCCAAUCACCCGCCUCCUGAACCUCCAACGCAGGCCAGCUCUCCAACCCAGCCCUCAUCCCCAGGGAAGCCUGAAGGAGACCACCAUAACGCUGACGCCUCACCUCCAGGGACCCCAACUCCUCCGGAUACCCCUCCACCCUCCACUGCCAUCCAUGAUGCAAUGGCUUCUCCGUCCCCGUCUCCUUAUCAGACCGGUUCACUUCCUCGACCGAGGCCUGUCCCCAAACCGAGGAACAGACCCAGCGUGCCGCCUCCACCUCAGCCCACGGCGCUGCCUAGUGACAGCAACGGGAUCUGUGCCACCGCCUACAAGAUGAUGGGUGAGCGUCAUUAUCUCUCCGGUGCAGCAUCCCUCUUACAGCUGAAAACUAACUUGCUUGAACUCUAAUUCUUCUCUCGCCUUGUAACACCUCUGCAGGUUAAAGAGGCACAUGUCAGAGGUUUGUUGGUGCCAGCAGCACCUGUACUUUUGAUUCACUCAUGGGAAUUGGUCCUUCACUACAGCUGUUUUUUUUUUUUUCUCCACCUGCUGCAUCCUCCAAACACAACCUCCCCCACCCUAAAUCAUGACUGCCAGACUGUUUACCUCAGUCCUGUCUCUGAUGUUGAUUACUCCAGAUUAUUAUAAAACAAAGGAUGGAUUAAGAACUGUGACAAAUGUGAGCUUUCUUUGUAAAAGGCUGCGUGAAAUGAUUGGAUGGACUCAGGCUCUUUUCACACAUUAAUUCCUGACAUUUUCUAGAUCCGAUCAGGACAUUCAGGCUCUGAUAUUUUCAGUUUAUCUUACAAACAUGAACUUCAAUACUGAAAAUGUUGAGUCUGGUUUGAGUGAGGGGUUACUGAGAACUUGAUAGACGAUUAAUGUGAGGAGUCGUGUAAAAGGGGCUUUAUUACAAUCCUUAGAGAGUCACUGAAUUUCAAGAUUGAAAUGCUUGUUCUACCUUUGUUUAUAAAAGAUAUCUCAAAAGAGCAGAAUCUCUGACAUUUAAGUCUGAAACUAAACAGCUGCUGAGGAAUUUACAGAUCAGAAACUCUUUUUUUUUUUUUUUUUCACACAGGCUCUAAUCCCCCUGAAGUAAAAAGGGCAUUUUUGUUUUGUUUAUGGGUCAGGGUUAACCCACAAACCUCUGGAUGAUAAGAGUGUGAGUCUAUCUAACCACUGAAUGCAGCGUCUUUCACAAACAAAGCUCACAUUUGUCAGAGUUCUUAAGUAUCAGAUUGAUUCCAAAUGAAAUAUCUCCAAAUAAACUAGAUGAAGUUUAAAAAAGCAAUGAAAGGAGGGUAAAAUAAUAACAAAGUGCUGAUUUAAGAGCUAAAUAAGGUGAUUUGAAUAAGUGGGAGCAGUUAGGAAAGGCAGCAGGUUGAAAAUCAACAUAGAAGUUUCCUCUUAAACACCAGAGAUAGAGACUCUGUUAAAUUGACAAGAGCACAGUGACCUGUCAUCCAUAUCAUUCACUGACGCUGAGAUUUCAUAUCAUCAGUCACACCGUCUCUGAUACACAAAUCUGAAUGUACAAACUGUGAAACCGUGCUGUUCAAGGACAUUUUCAUCUCGAUCUGUUAUCAUUCAAAUACAUUUUCUCUACCAGAGUGUAAACCUCCAACACUUGCAUGUUUUUGUCUCGGUGUUCCAGCACAUUAUCAGCUUCAGUCUGACGUACUUUCUUCUCUUUAAGGUACUACCAAAGCGUUGCUAAUGGUUUCCAAACUGGUUCACUUUCCUCCAAAUCUCAUUUUUUCCACCCCAUUUUCUUCUCCCUGCAUGCUGCUCACAGUCUCUGAGUAAACGCUGCCCCCUGCUGUUCAGACUGGCAGCGGUGCAGUCUCACAUCUGAGCUCCUGCUGCUCUUUGAGCUUAUGGAAAACAUGACAGAGCUGCUUUGGAUGGCAUAAUCGCUGCAGCUUUAAAUGUUUUGUGACUCCAGGACACAGCUGCACAUGUUUGUGAUUAUGGCCAUUGUUUAUGAUAAUGAUGCCUUCAAUGUUUAUUUGUCUUUGUGGGACAUUUAAGUUCUGCCAUGUCUGAAUUCCUGGCUGCAUGAAACACGUUUUAACAUUAACUUACUAACACAGAUGGAGGUUUGGUUUUCAUUUUGGUGUUUUCAUUAUUAAAUAAUACAUCGUCUUAAAAUACAUUUCUGAAUUUUUUUCAUUUAUCGUUUUUCUCCGCAGAUCCGGCGAUGUCUUUCAAAGGGCUGGGUCGAGUUUUAGUCCCUGAGCUCGCUGUAGACCAGCAGCCAGCGACUGCUCCCUCCUCCUCCUCCUCCUCCUCUGCCUCCUCCACCUCUUCUCUGCCUCCUCCCAAAGACUUAGACCUGGACUCUGAGAGCACCGUCUUAUAA